AGACAAUGCCAUUCUUUAGUUUGAAGCUUGUCCAAGUAGGUACCAGAGGACAAAACCCCCAUAAAUGGAGCACAUGCGGAUACUACAACCACCAAGAUUCAACCAAGAAGAAGAAUGCGACGCAGUUUUGAUGUCCAGCGUGUGGAAUGUCUUAUGAGUACCGAGCAAUUUUUUGAGGUUCAGGCACUUGGCGAGGCGAAAUUAGACCUGAGUCCUUGGCAGAUGAGGAUCGUCUCAUUCGCUGACCCUUUCAAGGUCCGAUGACAUCGUCUGCACGGCCCAUGACCGGUGGCUUUGCUUCCCUCACCACCAGUGCCACAAACUCCUCAUUUGCUUAUCACUGAAGUGCAAAAAUUAUUCUUUGUCCCACAUUCUCUUAUAUAUUCUAGAUAUAUACGUCUGUGCCGACCCCAGACCGAAUUGACCGCAUCCCUUCCACACCCCUUAUCGCUAGCCCUCGCGCAUACCGUACCAAAUUCUUGAAUACUAUCCUCUCACGAUGGGUUUGUGCGGACGUCAGACGGUUGUCCGCCGGAAGAUGGUGCUGCUAGGCGACGGUGCUUGUGGCAAGACUUCGGCCUUGAACGUGUUCACAAGAGGGUUUUUCCCAACAGUAUAUGAGCCGACUGUUUUUGAAAAUUAUGUCCACGAUAUCUUUGUCGACAAUGUACACAUGGAAUUAUCGCUCUGGGAUACCGCCGGCCAGGAGGAAUUUGACCGAUUGCGUGCGUUAUCGUAUGAGGACACACAUGUGAUUAUGCUCUGUUUUAGUGUUGACAGCCCGGAUUCAUUCGAGAACGUCGCAAGCAAAUGGGUCGACGAGAUUUCAGAGAACUGCCCCGGUGUGAAGAUGGUCCUCACAGCGCUCAAGUGUGACUUGCGAAAAGACGAAUUUGAGAACCCUAACCCCAAUGCUAUUACGUACGAGCAAGGCCUAGCGAAAGCAAAGGAAAUCGGUGCUGUGAAGUACCUGGAAUGCUCUGCCGUUCAGAAUCGCGGCAUUAUGGAGACUUUCUACGAAGCGGCCAAGGUCGCCCUUGAAGUGAAAGCCCAAGGAUCGAACGGGUCCAAGGAAGGCUGUGUCAUCCUGUAAAGGGUUCGCCCGUUGCUGCUCCUAGCUUCUUUUGACGGUUUCAAUCGUUUGUCCGUAUACCCUUUGAUUUGCUUCUUUUCCGUUGCGCCACUUAGGACUGUCCAAUACGAGCUUUGAAAGUCCCAAGCCUACCGCGACUGAUCUUCUUUAUUACCAUGCCAGCUCUUCAGCCUAUAUGUGUGGCUAUUGCAUUCUUCUCUUCUUUAUAUAUACUUUUCUGCAUCCCCUUUUCUAAUUAUGUACGCUUAAUGUUCUGGAAAAACACGAACUGACCCAGCUUGGAAUGGACUCUAGCAAUCAUGCUACUCAACUGGAUCUUUCUAUUACCUGGUAUCAUGUUCUUGGGUCAAAACAGAAGACAGGGAGAACCGGGUCUGUUUAUUGCUAUUGCUAGACAUGCGGAUGUGUACUAUCUACCAAUUGAUGACUCUAAUUUUUGGUUUCCAGCCGGAUAGCAUAAGCUACACAGCUCAGAAGCUCUAUCUGUACAAACAACGCUUCUAAUCC